CUCCGGUGUGCGCUCGCCGCCAGCCGGCCGCGCGGCUGCACCAGCGGGAGGCAGCGGCGGAGGCGCUGCGGCUGCUCCGCCACAUGCCGGCGGGGCGGCUGCGGGCCGGCUGCGGGCAACUUUAGCGGCGGCGGCAUGGAGCCCCCGGCGGCGGGCAUCGCCUGCCUGCUGCUGUGCUGGGCGCUCGGCGCCGCCCUGCCCGGCUGCGGGGACGCAGGCGAGCGCAGCCUGGUGGUGCCCACCCGCACGGACUGGCGGGGCCGCUUCGUGUCCACGCGGCUGUCGGCGCCCGGCGGCCGCCCCCGCCGCGCCGCGGGGCAGCCGCGCCAGCAGCCCCGGCCGCUCUUCUACAACGUGACGGUGUCCGGGCGGCAGCUGCACCUGCGGCUGCGGCACAACGCGCGCGUCGUGGCGCCUGGGGCCACGCUGGAGUGGCAGGACGAGGCGGGCGCGCCGCGCCUGGAGCCCCUCUCCGCCGCCUGCCUCUACGUGGGGGACAUCGCGGACCUGCCCAACGCCUCGGUGGCCAUCAGCAACUGCGACGGGCUGGCUGGCAUGAUUCGCACAGACAAGGACGAGUUCUUCAUUGAACCUCUAGAGAAGGGGACUCAGGAGGAGGAGGAAGGCGGCAGAACGCAUGUGGUGUAUCGCAGAACAACUGCCAAGAGGCCGCUUCCCAGUGAGAACACUGAUAUUCAGCAUAAAGGGGCAGACCUGAGUAAUUUGGAUUAUCUUGACAGUAUGUUAAACCGUCUUGAACAUCGAGUUAAUAACUCCAGAAGGAGGCAUCGAAGGCACGCGACUGAUGAUGACUACAACAUUGAAGUUCUGCUAGGAGUUGACGACUCGGUUGUGCAGUUCCAUGGCAAAGAACAUGUGCAGAAGUAUCUCCUGACCCUGAUGAAUAUUGUUAAUGAAAUCUACCACGAUGAAUCCUUAGGUGCUCACAUUAACGUUGUCUUGGUGAGGAUAAUCCUGCUGAGCUACGGGAAAUCCAUGAGCUUAAUAGAGAUUGGGAACCCUUCUCAGAGUUUGGAGAACGUAUGUCGCUGGGCCUAUCUGCAACAGAAGCCUGACACUGGACACGCAGAAUAUCACGACCAUGCUAUUUUUCUCACAAGACAGGAUUUUGGUCCAUCUGGCAUGCAAGGUUACGCUCCAGUUACUGGAAUGUGUCAUCCCGUACGAAGCUGCACCCUCAACCAUGAAGACGGUUUUUCCUCUGCCUUUGUGGUGGCCCAUGAAACCGGACAUGUAUUAGGCAUGGAGCAUGACGGCCAGGGGAACAGGUGCGGGGAUGAAGUCCGGCUGGGGAGCAUCAUGGCCCCCCUCGUGCAGGCUGCGUUCCAUCGCUUCCACUGGUCUCGCUGUAGCCAACAAGAGCUAAACCGCUAUCUGCACUCUUAUGAUUGUCUGCGUGAUGACCCCUUUGAACACGACUGGCCGUCUCUGCCCCAGCUGCCAGGAAUUCACUACUCCAUGAAUGAGCAGUGCCGGUUUGAUUUUGGGUUGGGCUACAUGAUGUGCACAGCUUUCCGUACGUUCGAUCCCUGCAAGCAGCUGUGGUGCAGCCAUCCCGAUAACCCCUACUUCUGCAAGACGAAGAAGGGCCCGCCGCUGGAUGGGACAAUGUGUGCUCCUGGGAAGCACUGCUUUAAAGGCCACUGCAUCUGGUUAACUCCAGAUAUCCUGAAGCAAGAUGGGAACUGGGGAGCCUGGAGUAAGUUUGGCUCCUGUUCCCGGACUUGCGGCACAGGGGUGAAGUACAGGACCCGGCAGUGUGACAAUCCGCACCCAGCCAACGGAGGCCGCACGUGCAUGGGACCGAGCUACGAGUUCCAGCUCUGCAGCACCCAAGACUGUCCCAAGGACUUCGAAGAUUUCAGGGAGGAGCAGUGCAAGCAAUGGGAUCCCUACUUCGAAUAUCAGAACAGGAAACACCACUGGCUCCCGUAUGAGCAUGCUGACGUUAAAGAAAGGUGCCACCUGUACUGUGAGUCCAAGGAAACUGGGGAUGUUGUGUACAUGAAAAGAAUGGCGCACGAUGGGACUCGCUGCUCGUAUAAAGACUCCUACAGCAUCUGUGUGCGAGGGGACUGUUUGAAAGUCGGCUGCGACCGGGUGAUAGGCUCCUCUAAGCAGGAAGAUAAGUGUGGUGUCUGUGGAGGAGAUAAUUCCCACUGCAAGGUGGUGAAAGGAACGUUUUCCAGGGCACCAAAGAAGCAAGGGCACCUCAAGAUGUUUGAAAUUCCCGCUGGUGCGAGACAUUUACUUGUACAAGAAACAGAUGCUACUGUUCAUAACCUGGCAAUUAAGAAUCGGGAAACGGGGAAGUUCAUAUUAAGUGAAGACAACUACGUGCCAGAUUCAAAGGCCUUUAUUGACAUGGGCGUGGAGUGGGAAUACCGGAACGACGAUGGCAGGGAGACAGUACAGACCAUGGGGCCUUUGCGUAACGGGAUAGUUAUUCUGGUGAUUCCACACGGCGAUACCAAGGUAUCUUUGACUUACAAAUACAUGAUCCAUGAAGACUCCUUAAACGUAGAUAACAACAAUGUUUUGGAAGAUUCAGUCUCGUAUGAAUGGGCUCUGAAAAAAUGGUCCCAGUGCUCGAAACCCUGCGGAGGAGGUUAUCAGUUUACAAAAUACGGUUGCCGAAGGAAGACUGACCACAAGAUGGUUCACCGGAAUUACUGCGAACUGAUCCAGAAGCCAAAGCCUAUUCGCAGAGUGUGCAAUCUGCAGGAAUGCUCCCAGCCAAUAUGGGUUACAGGAGAGUGGGAGCCCUGCAGCAAAAGCUGCGGAAAAAAUGGCUAUCAAGUCCGUUCUGUACGGUGCAUCCAACCGCUGCACGACAACACCAAUCGCUCGGUUCACACCAAAUACUGCAACAACGAUCGCCCGGAGGGCAGGAGGCCCUGCAAUCGAGAGCUCUGCCCUGCACAGUGGAGGAUAGGACCCUGGUCGCAGUGCUCAGUGACUUGUGGGAACGGCACGCAGGACCGCCAGGUUCUGUGCCGGACGAGAGACAAUGCCGUUGGCUUCUGCAAAGACGAUAAACCCGAGACUGUCAGGAUCUGCAGACUACCUCCCUGCCCCAGAAAUGUUUCUGACCUGUCAAAGAAAACCUACAUGAUACAAUGGCUGUCGAGACCAGAUCCGGACUAUCCCAUCCAGAAAAUAUCUUCAAAGGAGCGGUGCCAAGGAGACAAGUCCAUGUUCUGCCGUAUGGAGGUCCUCUCUCGUUACUGUUCAAUUCCUGGUUACAAUAAGCUCUGCUGCAAGUCCUGUAAUCUGUAUAACAACGUAACGGAGGGCAGCAACGUAACCGAUUCCAGCGUGGAUAAAACGAACGUCAUCGAGGAGGAGAUCCUGUCAACCCUCGCCACUCCUGCCGGGCUUCCCAGCACGCAGCCCACGACCAGCCCUCUUCCUGUCCCCAAACCAACGGGCACGGCCGCGCCUUCCAAUACAACUGACGACCACCCGGAAAUUAAUGCGGUGGACGUGCCCUAUAAAAUUGUUGGGCUGGAUAACGAUGUCUCUCAACAUAACAUCAUCGCGCAAAGGAGACUGCCUCAUGAAAGGACAAAGAACCAAAGAAUUCAAGAGCUGAUUGCCGAGAAGAGGAAGAAAGAGACUCUUAGGAAGAUAACUUAAAAUGGAAAACAGCACAAACAACAUUUUUUUUCUCUUAUAGAGAUGUUACCAACAACCAUAGUAAUGCCCAUGUCAUAGAGACUACAAAAAAAGAAGAGUGGUGCUAUGGCAGAAAUGCCAAAUUCUGAAGUCCGCAGGAAAUGGAGUUGACAGAUUGUCUCAGAAAUGCUUUUAUAAACACGAUGAUGGCUAGGUUCACAGGGUGCUAUAGAAUAUUAAUGUCAUAUUGAUACAGUAUUUCACUGAAUGCGUACAAACCAUGGUGCUUAGGCUAGGUCGGCAGGCUUAUUAAUGGUCUCUGUUCAUCUCUCUGCAUGUGUGCAUAACCCCUGGGAGUGCAUUCAGCAUAGAGAGCAGACCCCAAUACCUACUGCUGCCUCCACGAGUGGUCAAACAUCCAGAGCAAGACCUUUAAGCAUCGAUAAGAUCAGGCACUAAAUUCAUCUCUGGUUCAGGACAUGCCAUGGUACGCAAGGACACGCCUGACUUGAAGCGCCAAAUCAUCCCGUGGACUGUACUGGUCUUACUCAUUUGGUUUCAGUUGGGCUUGUGCUUGUGUAUCCUUUCUUAAUUUGGACCUUCCCAUGGUCUGGGUAACACUAAAGAAAUGCCCAGACAUAACCACAGGGAUUUUGCAUGUUCCCAUAAACAAGUGUUACAGGAUUUCUCCAAAAGUUUGAGCCUAAAAAUAUGUACCCAGUGUUUGGUUGGAUUUAUCCCACAUAGACAGCCGGUGCCCUGGCACUUCUGUUUACAAGGAUUUUUAUUCUGUGGUCUUUGAAUUCCUGUAACAACAGCCACGGUGGUCAUAGUUGGCAUGUCUUGGGUCUGCCUUUUACCCACACUCUCUUUAACUGAAAAUAACUGGAUUCUCAUUUCCUUUCCUUUUGGUGCUUUGUGAAGAAAAUGUAAUUUUAUUUGUUACAUUUUUUCCAUGGUACAGUUUUAUCCUGGAGGAAAAUAUUUUAUAUUAUCAAGACUUCCUUAGGACAGCUCUGUUGUUGCCGAAUGAACAACUGAUUUUUCGUUAUGCUUUCUAUAUACACGCUGUAUCAGGCAGCUUAAAUCUUAGAGAUGUGUAGCCUGACAAUCCUUUGGGUGCUUCCUUCCCCCUCAGGGUCUUCCACAAGCUGAUACACUGCAGUAUCGUGUUUUCCUUUGCUCACGCUAUGGGUUGGUUUAUAGCUUUCAGUAAGGCCAAGCACGCUGUUGAAUGCCAACACGUAUUGCAAGGAAAUUGUAGCCUUAUAGUUAUCUUGCAGGAUAAGGAACAUGUACAUUAGGAACUGAGGGUUUCACCCGAAGUCCACUGAGAUCAAUGGAAAAGACUGCCUGGCCGUGUCCACGUGAACGUGGACGUUUGGUUCCCCUGGGGACAUGUAGCGGUGGCCCACCUUGUGCCUCCGUGAGUUGUCCCCAGGGAAAGCCUGGACCACGUGCUCUCCGGUGCACAGCAAGUUACCCCGGGGGCGGUAGAGGAGGCUGGGGCUAGCACUGGGGGCCUCUUGGGGCUGCAGCGGUGGCGAUCCUGCUGCUCGGAGUCUGGCUGGAGUGUGGCUCCGGCCGGCCAGGCUUCAUUUUGAGUAGCACGUGCUGCCCCCACGUGCAUCGCCCCACUGUUGUUUUGUGCAAGUUUUUUUGACCCCUGGAUAUCAAGGCAUCAACCCCCUCCACGCUCCCCCGCAGUGUGGAGAACAUGCCUGCAGCGCCACAGCCGGCAUGGCCACGCUUAUGUGAAUGCAGCCCCUUUGGCUUUAAGUAUGUCUGCCAUCUCGAGAAGGCUGGGACAAGGAGCACAUUUAGUCCGCUUCAGGUGACUUUACCACUAAGGCGAUGGGGACGAGAAGCGUGUUUGCCUCACCUCCACACCACUCUUCAAGGUCGGCGAUACGUGGCAGGCAGUAGAGUCCUUGAGACUCCUCACUUGGUGUCUGUGUGAAAUGAGUGGCCAAACGGUCUCCUUCAGGUUGCUACUCCGGUCUUUAGAGCAGCGUAUCCAGCUCUCUCCCCUUCCUCGUGGGAACCAUAAGCCUGCAGUGGCCUUUGCAAAGCUAGACUGGACAGAAGUUAGAUGCCCCCGAACAUGUCCCUGGGUUAGCUGCUGGCAGCCAGGCCACUACGGCAGUGCAAAGCACAAGUGGCUUCCUGCUGCACGCUCGAGGACAGGGACCCGGCUUCUGCUUUGAAAAACCACGGCUGGAUAGGCGGCAGUUCCCAUGCCAGAGCGCAGCCCUCCACACCGAACUGUUGGCAGCACGAGGGGAACCCGGCUAUUAAGGGAGCAGAGCCAACAUUUAACCAAAAUAAUUUACUCAAGUCUAUGAGUCCAAGUGCCAAACUUCUCCCUGGUUCAGCUCCUUCACGUGCCCAUCCUUGGAGAAAGCCAAGCAAAUGUUUCCAAGGUGCCCCGGCAAGACCACGUAUAUUCAGGGACUAGAUAAAGAGCUUUUAUCGAAUAGGGAUUAUCUCAGGGAGCGACACAAAUAUCAGGCGGUAAUACCAUCCCGUCCAGGGCUUCUGCAGGACGUGAACCCUGGACCUCUGGAUCUGAAGGGAGGAUCCCCAGCGGCGUGAGCUGAUAAAUGCAGGCUCGGAGAUGCUCCAAAGAGCCACGCUUUGCCUUCGCAGGCAGCACGGACGUAACCGCUGCCGUUUCUUCCCACCGCGCCGGAUGGAGAGUGUGUGCCAUUGAGGUAGGCAGGGGCAGGUGCCCUCCGGUUGAAGUAACGGCUCAGAUCCAGGCAAGUGCUCAGUGGUGCCCUGGUCAGAGUUGGGGGAUAUUGAGACAUUUGCUGCGUCCUGGCGGGCUGAUGUUCUUACAGAUGCUGGAGCAGGGUAACUCCCAGCUCCAGCAGUUUUCUUGUGGUGAAGAGAAGAGCAAGACUCAGAAAACUGCGUGUACCGACGCACCUCUUCUGUGACGGGGGAGAGGUCUGCAAAGAAAAGGUCGGCGAGACAGCGGGAAGAAACAGUGGCUGCCAGCUCACGGCUGACAAUGGGAGGAAGCCUUGUGAUUUCAGGGACUCUACUGAGCUUGUGAUUUUUUUUUUUUGCCACACGUUCAAUAUGCAACAAAACGAGUGUCUCUGCGCCUGGCUCGGGCAGAGACCAGCAGAGCGUGCACCCGCCGAGAGGUCGAGUUGUCCCUGUAUCUGCACACUUACGGCCGUGCCCCUGAGAGAGGAGGGCCGUUACCAUCAUCAAGCGUGUUUGCUUACAACAGCGGUGCUUCCGACCCAGCCAAAAUGAGGGUCCCGUUAUUUUAGGCACAGCAGUAGACAACCCCUGCCGCAAAGUGGUCACAGUCUAAACUCAACCAGACAGAUGCGCUCCAGCGUGGUCCCCAGCCAAUAUCCCUUUGCACAGUUUUUCAGGGAUGGCAGCCCAGGCACGUAGAUCGGGAUCGGAGCAGAGGAGCGCACAGCUGAAGAUUAGCAAAAGGGAGCUUAAUAUUAAACUCUCAUGCAGAAAAGCAACGGAGUCACAGUUGCUUCCAAAGUGAAGGCAAGCUCCAGCGACAGCUGUUUCCAGCUACGGGGGUCUGGUUGCCUGUGUAUAAACUAGAAGAGUAUAGCACCAGGAACAGAGAGAAAAGGGAAAAGGCUACUCAUUCCUAUGUAAGAAAGAAGUAGUUGAAUCACUGCAGUUACACAGGAAAUCUAGAUGCAGGACAAGCCAAGCUGGAUUUGCAUUUCCCUGGCAGGAGUAUCAAGUGUUUCAUGUUUUCCAUCUUUCUUCUGCUCGGCUGCUACAACUCAGUGCAAGUAAUACUCAUCCUUUUUAAAUUACCAUCUGGCCUAUAAGGUUAUGACAGGAUUAAAAGAAGCUGUGAACUUUGGCUGUACACCCAAGGAGCAUAUCCAAGUGUGCUAUCAAGUGACACAGCUAGGAGCAGGGAGUCCCCGAAAGGCCUGGGUUGGAUGCAUUGCGGCCCUGCUCUAUCUGUAGUUCUUCCUUCCUCUGUAGGCUCGAGCUGACUUGUACAACGCGGUUUCCUCUGCUCUUUAGUGCGUGGACUGAGUCUGGCCAACCAGAGACGAUGACAUGCCCAGUACCCUCCCACAGCCUUGCAAAUAGCGGGUGGGGAGGGGGAUACUGGGUGUAAUGGUUGCGAGCAUCCCCCAGGAACGUGAGAGUAACGUCUCAUCCUGGAGUUGAAAUGUGGUGUUCUGCUUUCUUUGAACAAUUCAGUCCUUAGGAGCCAGUGCCUAGAGGUUGUGUAGCAGGUGACCAGUCACCCAUUGCACUAAAGUGAAAGGAGCCGGCGGUGACCCCUCUAGAUACCAACUUCUUACAAAGCUCGAGUCCUCUGCGAACUUGUCCCGAGCAGGAGCAAAUGUCACAGAGCGCAAGGCUGGUGCAGAUACAUCUCUAGCAUCCCACCCAAACGGCACGCCUCGUUUCAUCUGUGUAUAUAAAUUAGACCUUUGACUCGUUUAGUCCCUUUGUACUGGGUUUUCACUCUACCUGGCUUUUUCCCCUUGGCUCUUUUUAAUACACUGCAUCCCUUUUCUGUCCACAUUGUAAUCUUCUUUCUUUUCUGUGCCAGAGUCAAACUCUUCAGUCCAAAUAAAUGAAGAGGGUUAAAAUACCAACCCGUGCGUGUUUACCCCCGCUUCUGCUUGCUGGGACACAGCUGCAUGUCAUCCCCUCUUGCCAGUAUUUCUGUGAGACCCCUUCCCUCGGCCACGUGAAGCGCAUUGUGUCAAGUCCGCAGAGAACAAGGUGUUCAUCAAAACGUCAGCGUGAUAACUUAGCAAUAUAAGCCAUUCACAUGUUAAACAGGCCAAGAGAUCAGUGAUUAUGAGCAACCAACAGCUUGGCACCUGUCCUACGGUUCCUCUUUGUGCCUUUACAUGCGGUGUAAUACGUGGAUUUCUCAUUGGCUUGUGAAACUUUAGACAGCUGCUUCCUUUUGCAGUGCCGCCUUUUGUGUAUAACUAUAAUUGGGCAAAAGCAUAAUUAUAGUAUACGUCCUUGGAACAUUUAUCUAUCGCCUAAGUACUACUUUUUGAUGCAUCACAAGUACAGGGCAAAGUGCCAAUUUAAUUCAACACAAUACCCAGGAAGAAGAAACGAAUCUGUUUCCACAUAGCUCUGGCUCUCCUGUAGAGGCUCUCUGGUCUGAAAGCUUCAGCAAAAUGGUGCAUUUCCUGGUAGGUAUUAGUGUAUCCUUGCGUUGAGCACAAGCAGAUCAGCUUUCCAAGUUAACAUCUUUCUUAUUUUUCUAAAGUUCUGGUUUUUAAAAUGCAGGGGUCAGCCUAAAAGAGACCCUAAACCAACCGUAUUUCCGUUGGCCUCAAUCAACUCCCCAUUUUUCCCUCACUUAGUAUGCCUUGAAGAAUUGUUAUAAUCUAUUAUUCAUAUGUUAGUCCUGGUUUUAAACACCUUCCAUGUAAUAUUUAGGUUCUCACAGUACCUACUUACAAUCCUUUAAGAAACAGAAAAUGUUUUGAAGUGGUGCUUUACUAGUACUCAAAGGGUUAUGAUUUAUUUUAUUAUAUAAUGCAUUUAAUAUCUUAUUUACUCACCUACAGUGCACAGUAUUAGCUAUGUUCAUCUGAAUAUCUGUAUGGCACUGCCGUUCACUUACAAUACAUAUGCCUUAACAGCAAUCGCAAUCAAUAGCCAUGCCUUGUAUAUUAAAAUGUAUAUACAAAUUAGAACUUCUAAAUUUAUAAUUUAUUAAAGUUCAGAUGUCUGUGUUCUUUUGCAAA